GAGAGAUGCGGCGCUUCCUCACACAGCUGACUGGGAACACAGGUAGUCUGUCCGAACGGGGCUCCCGGCUUGGCUUGGCGUACUUGUUGAUCUUCGGGACGGAAAACAGUGGUGGGGGCCGAUGUGCAGGAGCAGGAAACCGGCGGGUAUAGGCGGUAGAUCGUGCUGAGGAUAUCACUCUGCCAUGUCGGAGACAGAGGAGGGGGAAAUGGAUUGGCUUACACCCUGGCAAUAGUAAACCAAUAACGGCGCCUCCUUUUUAAAAAAUUCUACUGCUUCAUCUGCGUUUGUUCCAGCGGAUUGAUUGUUCACAGAGCGAUACCGUAAUGAAAGAAAUCAGGAACUGUAGUCCAUAGCCCUGGAUGUUUGCCUGCUCACACAACAUAAAGUCAUCAUGGAGAAAUCCUUGGCAGAGUUAAAUAAAGCUGGCUCCCGUUCAACGUCAUCAUUGCCACCUGAACCAGUGGACAUCAUUCGCAGCAAGUCAUGUUUCCGCAGAGUCAGGCUGAAUGUUGGGGGUCUCCCACAUGAAGUCUUGUGGCGAACGUUAGAUAGGCUACCACGAACACGUUUGGGAAAGUUAAGAGAUUGCAACACCCAUGAAACUCUGAUGGAGGUGUGUGAUGACUACAACCUCGAGGAGAAUGAGUACUUCUUUGACCGACAUCCGGGGGCGUUUACGUCAAUUCUGAACUUCUACCGCACGGGCAAGCUGCACAUGAUGGAAGAAAUGUGUGCCCUGUCGUUCAGUCAAGAACUCGACUACUGGGGCAUCGACGAGAUCUACCUGGAGUCGUGUUGCCAGGCGAGGUACCACCAGAAAAAGGAGCAAAUGAACGAGGAGCUCAAAAGAGAGGCAGACAAUUUAAAAGACAGAGAGGGAGAAGAAUUUGACAACACUUGCUGUGCUGAGAAACGAAAGAAACUUUGGGACCUCUUGGAAAAGCCCAGCUCAUCUGUUGCAGCAAAGAUCCUGGCCAUCAUCUCCAUUCUCUUCAUCGUGCUAUCCACCAUUGCCUUGUCUCUGAACACCCUUCCAGAGCUGCAGGACACCGAUGAGUAUGGCCAGUCCACAGACAACCCACAACUGGCCCAUGUAGAAGCUGUGUGUAUUGCCUGGUUUACCAUGGAGUACCUGCUUCGCUUCCUCUCCUCCCCCAACAAGUGGAAGUUCUUCAAGGGUCCUCUAAAUGUCAUUGACCUGUUGGCCAUCCUGCCAUACUAUGUGACCAUCUUUCUGACAGAAUCCAACAAGAGCGUGCUGCAAUUUCAGAACGUCCGCCGCGUGGUUCAGAUUUUUCGAAUCAUGCGUAUCCUACGUAUUCUGAAGCUGGCCCGUCACUCCACGGGUCUUCAGUCUCUGGGCUUUACCUUGAGGAGGAGUUACAAUGAGCUGGGCCUGCUCAUCCUUUUCCUCGCAAUGGGCAUCAUGAUCUUCUCCAGUCUGGUGUUUUUUGCUGAGAAGGAUGAGGAGGAUACAAAGUUUAAAAGCAUUCCAGCUUCAUUCUGGUGGGCUACUAUUACUAUGACCACAGUAGGCUAUGGAGAUAUUUACCCAAAAACUCUACUGGGAAAGAUUGUGGGCGGGUUAUGCUGCAUAGCUGGAGUGCUGGUGAUUGCCCUGCCCAUUCCCAUUAUUGUAAAUAACUUCUCUGAAUUCUACAAGGAGCAGAAGAGGCAGGAAAAAGCAUUAAAACGAAGAGAGGCCCUCGAGAGAGCAAAGAGAAACGGUAGCAUUGUCUCAAUGAACCUGAAAGAGGCAUUUGCUCGAAGUGCAGAGCUGAUGGAUGUGGUGGUAGAGAAGAGUGAGAGGCCUCAUGACAACCACCUCUCUCCAAGUCGUUGGAAAUGGACCCCCAAGAGGGCUGCAUCAGAGACAAGCUCUAACCGUUCCUUCAACGCCCAGGACUUAGGUUCUCCCAACAAGGCUCGAGCUACCAGUCCCCAGAGGCUAAAUGUUCAGAAGCUAGAGGAGAUGUACAAUCAAAUGGCAAAGACACAGUCACAACCCAACCUCAAUGCUAAAGACAGAGGAUCCAGAGUUGGCAAACAGAGAGACGAGAUAGAGCUGGGGGCCAUCCAAGACCACAGACCACCGGUGCUAGGAACCAGAGAGGGAGUGGGGGACAUGAAAAGUUUGUCCAGCAUUGACAGCUACAUCAGUUGUGCUACAGACUUUCAAGAGAAUCCACGUUUCCCACAUAGUCCAGCAAUGGACCCUGGUCUUCAGGAAAGCAACCGGUUCUCCCACAGUCCAGCUACAGCUUUGUCCCAGCACAGCAGUGGAAAAACAGGCCAGCAAACUGCUGGAGAGCGUGAGCCCAUGCUAACUCCAGUGUGUGUCACAAAACCUUCAUGCUCAGAGAAUGCAAGGAAAUUCUUCUUUUCUGGAAACUCAUCAAAAAGCCUUAUCCCUAAAGGAGGCUGCCGCAACGAGGGGGACUCAGGUCCGUCCCCACUCUCAGACAGUUCAGUCCUGUCAGACUCUCUGUUAAGCCCUGAAGUUUCCGUCUACACCACUGCCAGCAGCAGGACCCCACCAAAGUCCCCAGAGAGCACUGCCCUGGCUCCAACUGUCUUCACCUUUCAUGACUCCUCCAUCAGCAAAUACAUUGAUGCUGAUACAGAUGAUGAUGAGCACCUCCGUGACAUCUCUGAUGCAAGUCCCUCAGAGCGUCUGUUAGCAGGAUCAAGCCCAAAACGCAGCAUGAACAUCAACUAUCAGAGGGGCACCAACCAUUUAGAAGCAGCCCAGAAAAUGCUGGGCCAGAAUUGUCUGUUUCCCCUUGAAGGGAUUCGUGGGAUUGCUCACGAGAAUCACGUAGGACAUGAGAUGGCACGUAGACCAAAGGUUGAGAGGGGGCGUCAAAAUACUUUGGAUAAAAACCUCUGAGGUACAAGUGGAGCAGAAACAAACUGGAAGCUGGGGCUUGAGUGUUUGUGAUAAAGACACCAGACAGACUAAAAACACUCCAUAAGCCAGAGACGGAAGGAAGAGGGAGAGACAAGGGUCUUGCCAAAACAUUUCACAAAUUACCCGAGCAUGCCAUUGGGCAAUAAGCUCCGGGUGAACAUGUGUGGUGAAUACUCUGGGAGAAAAACAUUUCUAAAUUGGAGAAUGUCACUGCCCCUCCUUCAGCUCAUUCCUAUUAGCGGUAUUCCACACCCACAAAACAAAGGAGCACUCCCAGGUUAGCCAACAGGUCUCUUCAGAGAUUCCUUUUGGAAGCAGAGUCAUCAUAGAAGCCAAACUUUGUGGUUGAAACUGGUGUAACCCAACUGAAUGAUGUGGUUUUAGCAGCAGGGGGUUAUCUCUAUAUUCUCUAGGAAAAAAAAAAAUCCCAGCUGCCCACUGUCCCAUUACAGAGUCCCAGUUAAUUUUGUAGUCUUGGAGAUACAGGAGAGGACCUAGAAGCCUAUAAGCUACUUACUUGUGCCCUCCAUUCCCAAACCUGGCCUUAGUCAUUUACAUUUGUAGGGGUGCGUAUGUCUGCGUAUGUCUAUGUGCAUGUGUGUGAGAGAGUGUGAAUGCUGAUGGGUGAUGUAAUGGUAAUUCAUGUAUACACACUCUUGAGAUUGUCUUACCUGAUUUAUUUUUAUAUAGAUAAGAGAAAGGUCCUUAUAGAAAUAUGUGAUUUGCUAGUCUGCUGUGUCAUUAUCAUAUGUGAAGAGUUAUCUUGUAUAAGGUUCAAUGUCUUGGCACAGAGGCUGCAGUUAUCCAAGGCUUCAGCCCAUCACCCGUUAUAAUGAGCUCUCUUUCUAGAACGGUAUUUUGCUAUCCCCUAUGUCACCAUAUCAUAGUGAGACUGGAUGAUACUUUCAGAUCUGAAUACUGUCUUAGCAUCUCAGCAUCAUUUUAAAGAAUUAUAGUGGUGGACCAAGAUUUUUUUUUAAAUGGGCUAACAUAAGAGCCAGAGGUAAUAAUCUUGAUCUUGUUGCACAUCUAUUAGGUAUGCAUGUGCCCAAGCCGGUCAACACACAAAAACAUAAUGAGUUGCUUGUUUGUCCGUAUCUGAAGAAAUUAUUACAUAUGAGAAAAUCCUCUAAUAUUUUUUAAUGUUUACAGCUUACUGACAUGAAGUUUAGAUUUAAAUAACAUAUGUUCAGCAUGCAUUGGCCUUCCUUUGCCCAACAUAAAAGCAGCCAAAGAGAUCACACAGCUUCAGAUAAUGGUAGAUACUGAAAGCAGGGGAGUUAUUCAUCUCUACUUUGUUCCUUAAAUCGUCAAAAUAAACUCUGAUAGCACUGAAUAUACACAACCAGAACUGCCAGAACUGAUGAUACUCAUGCAUAAGCGCACACCCACACCCACAAAAGAUACAUACAGUUAUGGAAGACAAUCUUCAGGAUACAUUGAUACACUUAGUUUCCAUGGUGACAGCAGCUGUUCUCAAAGGCUGGCAGCAGCUCAGCAACGGUUUGUUAAUUGGGGCGGGAUAGUCUGAUUGCAUGUAAUGUAUGCUCAUACAUAUAUACAAGAACACACACACAGGCAUGCAUCCAAAACGUGACAGGUAUACACAGUAGUAACAUGUUAGCAGAGCCACUACUCACUGUGCACAUUCAUGAGUACUGUGUAAAUGCAACAUUAUUAUGUGAGGACCUUGUACAUUGUUAUGUUUGUCUUAAAAUCUUUGUAGCAUCCCAUAAAUAAUUAUAAUUACACACAAUAUAAAUCAGCUUUAGUUGUAGUUUACAAUGCAUUCCCUAUUAUUUAUCUGUACUGCCACAUAGCAGAGAAAAACAGUCUUAUAUAACAUAUAAGUGAAACUUAUCAUAGUUGAAAGGACAGGCAGAUUCAUUAUACUGGUAUCUGAGAAAUGACCAUGCUCUUCAUACAGAGUAUAAAGGGAUGAAAGUGUUUUAUCUCCUAAAGUAGUGCAUCAAACGAUAUUCCUUUUGUAGCAAGGCAGCACAGUAACAUAAAGUAAAAAUAUGAACACAGUAAAAACACAAUAAGACAACUGAAGACAUUAAAAAUGCUGACACUAUCUUGAGAAAUUCAAUUAAAGCAUACAUAUUAGGCUAUUAGCCUUUACGUCCAUUAAAAUCAUGCCAACAUGAGCAGAGUUACAACUACAGCUCCUUAUCCAACUACUUCAUAAUUAAUUUAAAAGUCUCAAGUAGAGCAUAUAAGUUGUCUCUAAUGUUAAUAAGAUGAACGGAGAAGAGCCCCACUGCUAACAAACAAAUUCUAAAACAAAACUGAGCAAAUGCUAAAUGCUUUCUUAGUUACUUUGUGACACAGAUAUAACAGUAAAGAAUGUUCUUAAAGGAGUUGUUGCACUGCUAUGAAUGCAGGUGUUGCAGUGAAAUUUGUUCAGAAAGUCAACAGAAGGUGGUUGACAUAAAUGUUUUAGUGUUGUGGUUAUGAGUCUAAUCACAAACCCUGAUUUCAUUUCCUGUUUUAAUCACAGGGUUGAACCAUUUCAUAUUGCUCUCCCAUAGUGAGAGGAGCUGAGGUGUGAACGGAAUAGCAAUGACUGUGAGAGGCAGAGGGAGCCGUGUGUGUGUGUGUGUGACUGCUGUAAAGACUGGGCAUUACAGCAGUGUGGCUGCCACUUAAUGGAAAAGAAUGAAGUGUUUCCAGGGGAAUCCUGCUUUUGUUUUCUCCACAUUCUAUCUGGAGUUCUGAUUGUAAGAUGAAGCAGUAGCAGAUUUUAAUACCAAGGGAACUCUAAUCAUAUGAGAAAUUACAAUUACUUCAGCACACUUUUUAUUUUAGCUUCAUUACAGCUAAGAACAGAUGGAUGAAUCUCAUUUAGCAACUAAACAAAUUCUCAAAUAAGCAGAUAAGGUUGGAUGGUUUGAGUUGGUGACAGAUUUGUUUUAUGCAGCAUCAUAGUGUGAGCUCUUUUUUGUAUUCAAGGGAACUAAUUAAUUAUUGCCCGCUGUUACACAUAAAUUAAAUUAUCUGUUAGCAUUAGAAGUUAUGUUUACAAAAGAAAAAAAUGAUUAUCCUUAAAAGGAUUCUGAAACAUAAACUUAGGUGUCAUCUGUAAAUCAGUGUUCCAAAAUGAAAUGAUACAAUUUUUAAAAUGAGAAUUGAUCUUAUUAUAUAACACUUGACUGCAGAUAUUUUAAGAUUUUCCAUGUGUCUCUGAUGAUAUUCAGAUUGAAUCAAAAGUCUCUCCCAGAAAAAUUGUUGUGAAUGGCUGCUCCUUUAAGUUAUAUUCAUGUAUAUUUUCCCCUAAAUCUGAAACAGAAUUCUGGUUGUUGUGUAAUUCCUCAUAUCACAUGAACAGGUUCGACUGGCAUGGGUUCAAUUCCAUAAUAAACAUGCAAGCUCGGUCCAUUAUACUUUAUAUUGUUUUGUUAAGAUGACAUCAGUCUCAUUGAACAUUUGGUUCAUGCGUUACAUUUCAGAUUAACUUUUUAAUGCAUAUUUAUCCUCACCUUAUGUAAAAGUCAAGGCCAAUGUAUGCCAAACAUCUUAACAUCUUCCACCCUGUUAUGCUAACAUGUCUGUGGCAAUUUCACAAUGUUGUGAAGAAUUUCAGAUGUCCUUAUGACAUGACAUACCAUCAUUUAAAAAAAACCUCUGACGUAAAGGGCAUUCAGAUUACGCAACCCCUCCUUAACCAUCAUGUGAGCUUCUGUCCCAUCAUUUAGGUUUUCUAUAUUAUGGUAGUCAGGGACCAUUUUUCACUAAAAUAUCUCUCAACAAUGAUGACAAUCAAUAGUUCACGAAUAGGCAGCAACCACUAGGGUAGGAAACUGAGAUUUACUAUGGGCAAAUAUUACACAAAAUGUGCAUCCAUGUACGUACACACACAAGUAUUGAAAUCCUAACACUAGUAUUGAUACUCUUUUAAGCUUUUAGACAAGGUAGUACAAAGAAACAUCAAGCCUGAUGUUGUGAAUUGAUACCUAGACUGUGAUACUGUGACAUGAUACCACCAUAGUACAAAAAAGUUAAUUUAUUUUUACAAGUCAUCCUUGUUUUGAUUUUAUUUAGGCACUUUACUCCCCUGUGUUUUCUAGGGAGCCAUUUAAAUUUACGAAAUAUAAUAGUAUAACAGAGCUUUUAAUUUCACUAAGAUCCCUGUGGAGAAAUUCUGAUAUGAAUCAAAGGACUAAACCAUCAUGCGUUAUGAAGAAAACACAAUCAAGGGGCUAUUUUAUCUCUCAUUUAUUGAUACAAAUUACAAUGAAGAACACAAAUGUUUCUCCAUUACAAGACUCCCAACUGUACAGUAAAUGCAUUUACCUGAAAUCUAAAACAGAAUUUGGUUGUUGCGCUAGCUGCUAAAUUUAACUGUAAAGAGUUUGACUUUUUCAUUUUUUUGUUAGAACCCCCAUAAGACCCUUUCAGUGACAUGUGGUAGUUUCUAAAACCCAGUGAGAACCACUGCUUUAGCAAGUAGCCCAAUUCUACACACUCUGAAUCAAACACUGUAUUACAGGGUUGGGGUCGAUUCAAGAUGCCUUGAUGUAAGUAAAACACACAUCACACACAACACUAUAAGAAGAACCAGUAUUAGAGCAUGAGACAAAUUAAACCUAGUACAAAUUAUAAACAUAAACUCUAUUUUUUCUACGUUUUAAGCUCUCAGUGGAAUUGACCCCAACCUUGCCUAAGCCAUCGGUCUUUGUAAAGUUCACUGUUUCCAGGGAAUUGAAAAAAGAUAUUUGAACGACCUUAGCCAGCUCUUAUACAAUGUUGUUUGUAGGUCCCGAGGCUGUCUGUUUUGUAAAAAAAGAAAAAAGAAAAAAAAAAAAAAAAGAA